CACUCAAUUCACCUCAGAUAUCACGAGCAUCUAAACCUUCCCGCCCAGAAACACCAUUGAUUGAUGCAAUUGUUCGUGGACACAAAAUCCCUCCCUCCUCAACGUCGGCUAUUGAACCCCGCAGGUUUCCAGGUCCCAGUGGAUAAAUCCUCCUGACGCCCACUUUGCUUGCUGAUUCCUUUCUUUUCUUUUCUUUUUUCUUUUUCUCUUCUUUUGCUUCAAUUGUCUAACUCAAUUUCUUUCCCCCCCCCUCUCACAUUCUACAAAAUGUCUCCCCCCGCUGUGUUGAUGGUAGGAACGGGCGAGUACACCACCGGAUACGUCGGUGGUGCGGCCUCAACCUCGGACAAGAAAGUCGGAGUCGUGGGUCUGACGCUCUUCGACCUGCGCCGUCGGGGCAAAGUUGGCGACUUGAGCAUGGUUGGUGUAUCUGGCUCCAAGUUCCCUGGCAUCCGCGAGCACCUCCACCGCAACAUCUCGCAAGUCUACAACAAUCUCGACACGAGCUUCACCUCCUUCCCAGCGGACGGGACCACAGACCCAGAGGCGUACAAGGCGGCCAUCGACGCCCUGCCGGCGGGGUCGGCGAUCACAAUCUUCACGCCAGACCCGACGCACUACCCGAUCGCGCUGUACGCGAUUCAGCGCAAGAUCCACGUGCUGAUCACGAAGCCGGCGACGCAGCUGCUGCGCGACCACCUGGACCUGUUGGCGGAGAGCCGUAAGCACGGGGUGCUUGUGUUCAUCGAGCACCACAAGCGGUUUGACCCGGCGUACAGCGAUGCGCGGGCCAAAGCCGCGCGCCUGGGCGACUUCAACUAUUUCUACAGCUACAUGAGCCAGCCCAAGUCGCAGCUGGAGACCUUCAAGGCCUGGGCCGGCAAGGACUCCGACAUCUCGUACUACCUCAACUCCCACCACAUCGAUAUCAACGAGAGCAUGGUUCCCGACUAUCAGCCCGUCAAGGUCACCGCCAGCGCCUCCACCGGGACCGCCACCGAGCUGGGCUGCGUCAACCAGACCGAGGAUACCAUCACUUUGCUGGUCGAGUGGCGCAAGAAGGACGGUAGUGGUCGCUUGGCCACCGGCGUGUAUACCGCCAGCUGGACUGCGCCGCAGAAGGCUGGUGUGCACUCAAAUCAGUACUUCCAUUACAUGGGCUCCAAAGGUGAAGUCCGCGUGAACCAAGCCAAGCGUGGCUACGAUGUCACAGAGGAUGAGCAAGGAUUGAUUUGGGUGAACCCCUUCUAUAUGAAGUACGCCCCCGACGAGGAGGGGAACUUCGGCGGUCAGACGGGCUACGGAUACAUCAGCUUCGAGAAGUUUAUCGAUGCCGUCACGGCCCUCAACGAGGGUCGCGUCACACUGGAUCAGCUGGACGCCCGGCCCCUGCCUACACUCAAAAACACCAUCGCCACGACGGCGAUCCUGCACGCCGGUCGGGUCUCGUUGGAUGAGAAGCGAUCGGUUGAGAUUGUCAGCGUCGACGGUCAGUGGGAGUUGAAGUAAAACUUUGUGUUCCUCUCGCGGACAACGAGGAUGACGACAACGACACAGGCCAGUGUAUA